AUGUUCAAGAAUAUGAAUAUAAACAAGUUAUUCAAGAUUAUACCAAUCGUUCUAUGUAUAAAUACCAUUGGUAUUUUGUUAUAUUACAAUUCACACCUACGCCACAUAGCAAAUAAUCUCGAUUAUGUUAAUGCUUUGCCUCAAACAGGUUUUACGAGUCCUGAAAUCACCAAGAAAUUAAAGUCAAUACUUUCAUUCAAGCCACAUAAAGUUACUCUGGAAGUAACUAUUCCUACCGACUAUUUUGAAACCGAGGAGUUGGUUCAAGACCCUCGUGUUACAUUUGCCAUUACUUUAAAUUGGAUAUACCACCAAAUAAAGGUUGAUCCAGAAAAUGUAUCCUUCCCAUUUAAUUGGGCAGAUUGGGUGGAUUUGACUUAUUUGAAUCACCAAAUAUCCAAACCAGUAAAUGAAAAGAUCAAAUGUUCAGACUUAAUUGAACACAUUCAUUUUAACACUCCUGAUGAUAAAGCUAAAUCGAUUGCAGAUCCCAUGUUUUUUGGAUGUAAAAAUACGCAAGAUUUAACGGAAAAAGAAAUGGAAGAAAUGGGUUUAACCAAUUUAGAUAGAAUGCCCGGAUUUUUCCAAUUUUAUCACACUGUUUUCAAGCCUAGCGAAUUUAUUCGUAUGCUUCAAGGUAAAACCUAUUUGUUAUCAAAGAUGCCCCUUCCCCACCAAGUAAUAUUCCUUAAUGACGCUGGUGAUGAUUUGACAUUUCAGGUGGACGGAAAAACUACUGCACGUGAAUUAUUGAAAACAUACAUCACCAACAACAGCCUUGAGAAAAACAAAAUUAUUACCCUUGAUCCUAUAAAAGAAUUUCAACAGCUUCUAGAUUUACAAGGUGCAAAUACUUAUGAAAACUUAUACGAUGCUGACAAAAUAUACCACAUGAGCCGAUCAUGGUUUCAUUAUGGUUCUGAUAAUGUAACCAAUCAGAUUGAAAGAUUAACAUCACAAGAGGAACUAACACCAAUUGAAAGAGGGUACUUAACCUCACUCAUUAUUUCAAAAGAAGCAAGUGAGAAAAAACCACACAAUGAGCCAAUGUUUUUUAACACGGGCACUUUUAGGAAAACAAGUAUGAACAACGAUGACGGAGGGCACUAUGAUUGGAGAUUCAUUAAUGGUAGGUGGAGAGACCGUUAUAGACAUGCAAUUCUCUUAGAAAGACUAUUGAGAAGUUGGUUCAAAUUCUGCCAAAAGAAUGGAAUUGUAAGUUGGAUAAAUUUCGGAUCUCUCUUGGGGUGGUAUAGAAAUGGAGCUAUAUACCCCUUUGAUCUUGAUAUGGAUAUUCAAAUGUCCAUGUAUCAUAUGACUAUAUUGGGGAAAAAGUUCAAUCAAACUUUGGUGGUUGAAGAUUUGCAUGAAGGCACAGGGAAAUAUUUCAUAGAAGUUGGAACAUUUAUACAUAACAGAAAUAAGAUUGGAAGAUACCUUAACCAUAUUGAUGCUAGAUUAAUAGACGCUGAUAGUGGAUUAUACAUCGACCUCACAGCAUUGGCAACAGAGACAAAAUAUUCAGAUGUUCAUCCUAAAUUUUUCAAGGAUAUCUGUGAUGAUCGGGUUGAAGGACCUGUUUUAGAAGAUGAUGGUGACACUGAAGUUUACAACGAUAGAAAUGAUUGGGUUUAUAAAUUUGGUAACCUUUCCCCCUUACGUUUAACAUUCUUUGAAGGAGUUCCCUUUUAUGUACCAAAGCAGAUUGUAAAAAGAAUGAAAUUUCAGUAUCCCUGUGGCACAUUAAAUAACUUUGAAUUUAAGCAAUGGUACUACAUAGAGCAGGUGGGAACGUGGAUUCACGAGAAGGAAUUGUUUGCUGUGUUAAAUGUAGCAGAAAUAAAGAAAAAAGGAAAAAUAAAUAUAGACAAGGUUAAAAAGCAGGUUGAGAAUUUAACUGAUGAGCAGCUUUAUACCCUUAUAUCCAAUGAUCCAGCAACAUUGUCCAAUUACCAGUUAGCCAGACGCACAUCUGGGUUCCACACUAAAGAACACCAAUAUCUCUUUACAAUUGAUCCUGAGUUGCACAAGGGUAUAAAUGACCCACCAGAAGGAAAAGUCUUGGAUGCAAGUCCAGAAGAAAAUCCCGAAUAUCUUAAACUUAUUGAAGACAAUGUAUGGCUAAGAGCUCCACACAGAGAAUCAAUUUUUGAAUAUGAGAGAGUCAAGGGUAUGUACUCAGAAUUCAAUGAACUUGCAUUGAAAGAAUUGGAUAAAAUAGCUGUUUCCAAGUCUAGUAGUUAA